GCCGGAGGAGAUGGAAGACGAAGCGGCCGCCAGUGUCCGCGAGGAAGACCCGGAGGACAUGGACUUUCUCUCCGGGCUGGAGCUGGCGGACCUGCUGGAUCCCCGACAACCGGACUGGCACCUGGAGGCCGGACCCGGCUCCCCGGGGCCGCUGUCUUCGUCCGGCGGAGGCUCGGAUCCCGGCGGCCCGUGGCGCGGGGACGACGACGACGACGCCGCCGCGGCGGCCGAGAUGCAGCGCUUCUCGGACCUGCUGCAGAGGCUGCUGAACGGCAUCGGCGGCGGCGGCGGCGGCGGCAGUGACAGUGGCGGCGGGGAGAGAAGGCGGAGGAAGGCGCCGGGAGGCGGACAAAGAGUCGCUGCCCGGCUCAACCGGCUGAAGAAGAAGGAGUACGUGAUGGGGCUGGAGAGUCGAGUCCGCGGUCUGGCCGCCGAGAACCAGGAGCUGCGGGCCGAGAACCGGGAGCUGGGCAGACGCGUGCAGGCACUGCAGGAGGAGAGUCGCUACCUACGGGCCGUGCUGGCCAACGAGACCGGCCUGGCUCGCCUGCUGAGCCGGCUGAGCGGCGUGGGACUGCGGCUGACCACCUCGCUCUUCAGGGACUCGCCCGCCGGGGAUCACGACUACGCCCUGCCCGUGGGGAAGCAGCCGCCGGAGCUGCCCGAGGAGGACGACGCGGCGGGAGGAGUGUGUCUGCAUGUGGACAAGGAUAAGGUGUCGGUGGAGUUCUGCUCGGCGUGCGCCCGGAAGGCGUCGUCUUCUCUUAAAAUGUAGGGUCAAGUAAUCUGCUCUUUAUCCGCGUUUACCCCUUUCAACUCCCUUACACCAUGUAAAACACCUUUAGUGUGGGACAUCUUCACUGGACACAUGUCAGAGGAGGAAAACAAAAAAAAGUAAUAUUGAGUCUUUUAAGUGUUUUAGCUAAAAAAAGCAUGAAUGUGACACUGUAACCCACUCCUAAUGAUAACCUGUGACUAUUAAAUCUCUCUGACAGUUUCUUUUUUAGGUGAUUUCCUUCCUGCCAGGCUCCGUUGUAGGGGUUGCAGAACAGUCGUUCCCGCCUCACAACCUGUGGAUACAGCUGUUGGGGCAGAAGAGACGGGACCAGCUGCUGGCCACAUUUCCUGCUUUAUUUUAAAAGGUAGUAUAAGAAAUGAGGAAAAAGAGGUAAUAUCAGGGCUUCUGCUGUUUUUUUAUUUUUAAAAUGUUCAUAAUUAUUUUCCAGCAGUCCAAAGAUGUAAGUUAUCUUACAAGUUAAGAUGUUUUAUUAUGUUGUUUGAUUAUGGAAAUGAAAUUCUUGUUCUUGCACAACUGUAAAUGUUUUGUUGCUAGAUAGUAUGAUUUGAGACCUAAAUUGGCCUCUGGUUUCCCGUGCAUCACGGCAUAUUUUGUAAAAUCAUCUACUGCACUUGAGCAUGAAUGGGUAAUAGCCAAACUCAACCUGGAGUGACGGACCUGCUUAUACUAAGGGCAGGAGCAAGCCCCUCACAAUGCAGCUGCAUGGAUUUUUAGUGCCUACUGAAUUAUACAUAUAUAUAUAUGUAUAUAUAUACACACACACAUACAAAUAUGUGUGUGUAUAUAUAUAUAUACACACACACACACAUAUACAUAUAUAUAAACCCAAAGUAGUUGGAAAAAAAUAUUUGAAAUGACUAAUUUGUGCUCUUUAUGAAAUGUUAAAUGUAGCUUUUUGAAACAGAAGCCUUGAAUUGAAAUAUAACUAAUACUUGAACAUUUUUGUAUAUAUUUCUUUGUAUAUAAUUUUGUGCAGUACCAAUGACAAAAAUAUGGUAUAAUAAAACCAGGUUUGUUGAUCUUUCAGUUAUGGGCUCAAAGAAUUUAUUCAUCUCUAACAUGACAUUGGAAAACAAUGGGCGAAAAUAGGAAAAAUGAUGAUUGUUAAUGCUGACUAUGGGUCUUAAAAAGUUCUGGAUUCAGUAAGUUUGUUUUUCUAAAAAUUACACCACGGAAUAUUUUCUUCCUAACAUCAGUGCUUUUCAUGCAUUGUUUGAGCUGGGGAGAGAGAAGCAGUAGUAAUCGACGCUUUCUGAAUUGGGAUAUUUUUAGAUUCCAAGUAUAGAUUUUCUAGAAUGCCAUUUUAUAAAUGGCAGUUUGGAGAAUUACAUGAUUAACAACUUUUGAAAAUGGAAAGAUUAGUUUGUCCUGUGUUUAAAGCUGCUUUGUUAGAUUUCUCAUGUUUUAUUAAUUGUCUUUUCUUAGUUUCCAUUUCAUUAUUUCUUUUCUAGUUUUGGUGAUUUAGUGAUUUUGUCAUUUUUUACAUCAAUUCAUGGUCUUGUUUUACAUGGUAAUUGCAUGUACUUAGGUCUAUCUAAUUAGGGACUUUAAAUGAAUUUGGUCAUAUUUAUGUGUAAGCACAUUUUACUGUAAAUGUUUGGGUUUCUGAAUUUACAACAGAUGUUUAUUUCAAUAUGUAGUAAACAGUAUCUUAAAGUGUCCUAUUCACAACUGUUAAUUAAAAAAGUUAUGAUUAAUAUAAAACUGUUGUCUUACUAUUUUUAGAAAAUUGUAUUAUGGAUGGUUAGUAUUUGCUUAAAGAAGAUUUCUGGAAUAUAAAUAGAUUGUUUACAAAUUUUCAGGCUUGGUUCUAUAUAUAGUAAUGAUUGCAAACAUUUUAGAAUUUAGGGAGCCGUUUUGCUAUUUAUUUUUCCCCUCAUGCCUCUAUGAUAAAAUGAUACAGAACUAGACUAAAAAUACAGAUUUUAAUACUUUCUUUCCUAUAGUGUCAGGAAUUCAAACAUUAACACAUCAUGACCUAUUUCUAUCAUAUUGACUUGUUUCUGCACUUCCUUGACCAGACUUAACUAAAAAGUACACAUUUGUUAAAAUGUAGUCACACUUCUGAUCAACAAAGUGUUCAAAAUAUUUAAAUAUUUGUGCAUUUUAUAAUCACUAAAUUAAUCUCUCUUUCUUCUCUUUAAACAGCUUAGCAGUAUCUGCAAAAAACGAAUCUUUUCCUACAACCUGUUAACUGACUGGACUGAUGGUAACAAAGUAAUUGUGGGAGCCAUGUCGGUCAAAAAUUUGGCAUCUGCUGAAAAACAAAAAAAGAAUGCCAUUUUCAAGUUCCCAAAUUACUUCUAUUCUGAUUUCACUUUCCAGAAAUGGAGAUAUGAAAAGAUUCUCUGGAAUGCUUGAAAGACUUACUAGAAAUACAUAAGACAACAAUUAUACUUUUUUUUUUUUUUUUGUCUUUCAUGGGAGUGAUACUCAGUUCAUUGCAUACUUUUCAAAAAUUGUAACUUUUGGAGAAGAGAAUUAUAGUAUUUCAUCAAGAAAUAUUAGAUUCUUUCCAUAAUCAAGACCACAUCCUAUGGAAUUACAUUUAGCAGACUAGAAUUACAUAAACAGGUUACCUAUCAGUAAUUACAAAGCAAAUUGAGUUUGUAUUUAUUUCCUGGAAUGUAAGAGUUAAUUUAGAGGACAGAAACCCUUGCUGAGUACAAUAUAAAAGUUAAUGUAAAGUUCUUAUAAAGAGUAGUCUUCUGAAAUAGAUUGUUUUUAUGUCUUUGAAAAAAGUUGAUUAUGAUAAAAUGUGUGGUUAGUUGAUUGCAAUUUAGGGAUAAUUCUAGGAUGUGUGAAAUUUGAGGAUUUGGCUUCUUGAGCUUUCUUUGAGUACUUUUAUACUGUAUUUUGAAUAUUCUGAGGUUUCUCUUGUUUCCUAUUAAAAUUUCUUUAGUGUUCUGUAAGGGA